AUGUUGGUGCUCUGUGUCCUCUUGGUUCUGUGGAAUGAUGAUCUGUGGCUGAACAAGGAGCCCUUGGACUUCAUCGAGCACUUCUCCGGAAAGGAAGUUUUGAUCAAUCAAGUUCAACGAGCUGGCUUCCGCGUGGCCUCCGUAGACAUUAUUCAUUCCCGGGGGAUGGAUAUCUUGAAACCAUCAGGGUUUGGGACUUUCCUGGUUUCAGCCUUAAUGGGCAAAGAGUCUGGCUAUUUGGACUGGCUGGGGAUCUUGUGCUCCAGCUGGGUGGACGUGAGCCGUGGAAGCACUAGAAGAACCUGGUGCAAUCCCAUGGGUCACACCGAGUUUCCCUCAGUUGCCCGCGGUAAUCUUAUGGCGUCCCGGUGUGCUUUGCUGUGCUUGGUCAUCGUCGCAACCGGGGGUAAUUUCAUAGUCGAGCAGCCAGCUUCGAGUUUGCUGUUCAGACAUGACAGAAUGCGGUGGCUUUGUCAAAGAUUGCGAGUCUAUAAGGUGGCCCUAUGGAUGGGCCAGUUCAAUUCCAAAACACCUAAACGAACUAUGUUGUGGUCGAGCACUUCUAUUGUAUCGUUGUUUUUGAACAAGCGGUUUUCAUUGAAACAAUAUCGAGCGGCAGCGAAGAAGAAGAAUUCUGUUAUCAAGCCAGUUCGUCGUUACAAAAAUGCCAACGGCUGUGCCUGUUGGACUGGCACUACACAACUGAAAGACACACAGACCUAUCCCAUGGGUCUCGGCAAGCGCUUGGUCAAGCUCCUGGCCCUGCUGAAGAUGACUGUGCCACCUGUCGAGGUUCGAGGGCACGGUGACGCAGUGGAAAUGUUUAGGAAUGCUGACUACGAGGGGGACGACUGCUCAGACGCGGAACUCAGACAGGUUGUGUAUUAUCUACGUGGAUGUAGAGGGCUGAAGAUCCCACAAAGAUGGAGACCGUUGCUGCCAAAGGUCAUCUAG